GAGGGAGACAGAGAGAGGAGGGGGGUAGAGAGACAGGAGGCCCGUGGCUAGGUUAUCACACAUUUUUGCCUUGUACGUGUAGACGGCUGGAGGGCUUAAUGAAAUGACACCGAAAGAGGAGGGAUCGUACAAGUCAGCAGUUAUCCAGUUUGCUUCCUGCCCCAACAGCACAGCGGUCGCAGCAACUGGUGCUAAUGGGAGCCUCGAAUCAUCAUGGUCUAGGCUCUGGGGGCACCAACGCGUGCUCACCGUACGCGCAACCGUCAAAUCGACCGCCGGCGUUCCGCGUUCGUGUAUACAACGAUGGUCUAUUCAAGUCUCUGCUGGACGACGGGAGGACGUCUUCAACCUCUCCGAGGUCUCUCGGUCGAUCUGCAAAGUCUAGGCCAUCCCGCCCACCACAGGAGGACCGGUCUGAAGCGAUGCUCAAAGCAGGGGCGUUGGCGAAAAAGAAGCGGCGUGAGAAGCAGUACCUGUUUCAGCUCACGCAGCAGCAGCUGUUGCAGGAUAGACUGGUGAGAGACAAGUUGCUGGAGGCAGCAGCCAGCAAGGAGAGAGAGUUCGUGAGGCUCUCUGGAGAGAUCGAGGCAGGCCGAACAUUCGUGAAGGAGUUGGACCGCAUUCUGGGCAUCGCAGAUGAAGCGCAGCGGGGCAAAACUCUCAAGCAAUACCAAGAGUGGGACGCGAAUGUCCAUGGGGCGAUCCAGGGACGAAUCGACAAGGUCCUUGAUAAAAUGUCUUCGAAAGACAUCAACGAGCGCAGGAGGGGAGAUCUGGACAAGUUCCUGACGACCACCAACACCAAGGCGGCCGUGUUCCGCGAUAUCAUCAUCGAGUCAGAGUACGAUCCGCUCGAGCCCAACCGGCGGGCGGUCAAGGCCAAGGUUGGACACCUCAGGGAUCCCUGCAGUCGCGUACUCGACAAGCGUGCUCAGGAGAACGGGCUCCUCGCCGACGAGGGCGUGGGCGGAGCGGGGGCCAUGCUCAGGGAAUCAUUCGACGUGAUACAAUGGGAAGAAAGAAAAGUACACGACACGCCGCAUGGCUUCUUCGCGAAGAUGAUGGGCCGGGAGGCGGCCAGAAACAAGAUGGGAGGCGCGAGUACAACCAGCAAGACGUACAGGUCCACGAUCAAGAUGGACGACUACAACGUCGACCGCGGAAGGGAUAUCGUGACGAAGGAGUUUCCCAAGGGCAAGAAAACGUACCCGGCGGGAGACGAGUUGGCCCCCCCCUCCAGCGAUGCCGAGAGUCUGAUUGGGAUGGGAUGAGGGGGUAGUCGAUGGACGAGCACGGACAAAAGCAAGUACCUGUGCUUGGUUUUGCCAAACCAGGAGGGCUGAGGUGUCUGGUGAUCAGUAGGAAAACGAAGAAUAUGUCGCGCUGGAAUAUACCACUGCUUGAUGUGAUGAGCUAACCCGCGGGGGGGUCGGCAACAACGAAAUAAUGCCGACCUGGUUGGCGAGGUAGGACAAGUAACCUUCUCACACCUGCUGUUCUGUGUUGACUCCCUUGUGUACUAUGGUAACUGUCAUGCUGUUCUAGUCAUACGUUCUGGUCUUGUUUUUCCUCUGGUUGUCGCUGUGCUGUCGGUUGUGUUGGUAAUAUCAAGGCCUGAUGAGACACUGCUGUUGUUCUGGCUUAGGGAACGCGCGGGAUGGAGUUGGCGACGAUGGCAGUAGUGAAUUAUCUUCGGAGACGCAAGCUCCCGUCGCGACUUUACCCGAACAAUGAUGUAAAUACAGUGACCAUCAAACCACGAGAUGACGGGUGUUGCACGUGGUAGAUAGUCUUCCCUGUGUCGAUAGAUUCCUCUUUGUCAGGCGUACUCUGCAGAGAAAGAGCAGAAACCCUUGCUGCCGUUUUUACGCAGCGAUUUUAUGUUCAUUUUUUUCUGCCGUGUUUUGAAGUCUUGCCGUCAAGAGUUUUCUCGGAAAUGAAAACAAUGGUGGUUGUGUUCUGGGGUGUUGCUACAAUUUACGCAUGUGUGCAGGACUUGUCUUUCAAGAGUUGCACUUCUCUAGUUUAUGGUUGAUUUCAGUCAGGUUAUCUUCGUUGAGGGAAGUGAAUGUUGAGCUGAACUUGCCCUACCGA